GCGUGCGCGGGGCUGCGGCGGAGGCGGAGGCUGGGCCGGGCUGGCGGCAGAAGAUGGCGAGGGUGUGUAGGCGGCAGCAAUGCUCCGUUGAGAGACGCGGCUUUCGGCAGGAACUGGAUUCGUGGCGCCACAAGCUCAUUCACUGUGUAGGUCCCGUUUCCCUCUGUGCGGCGGCCGGCGGGACCAUAAGGGCUUAACUCAUAUAUUUAACCCCCCUCCGAAAAGGUUUGAAAGUAUCCUCGAAGGGCUGUUUGGACCUGGAUUAUUAAAAGAUCUCAGUUUAUUUAAAGACUGUGAACCUGAAGGUGUUUCUGAUUGGACUUUUAAUGAAAAUUGUCUAUUCUGUUGCUUAAGAAGGGAAAAAGUAAAGGAACAUUUAGUCGAUCUGGAUGAACCAGCUUUGGGAGCUGGGCAAGAAGCUCUGCUUAGACAAGGGCAAGCGAAAAUCAUUCGUUUUGAGAGACAAGCAGAAGAAUUCCUCAAUGCAGUCUUUUAUAGAAAAGACAGUCCCUGGGUCUCUGACCCCAAUAUUCCCCUAGUGGCCCGUGAGAUCAUGCAGCGAAUGAUCCAACAAUUUGCUGCUGAAUAUACCUCAAAAAAUAGCUCUACUCAGGACCCCAGCCAGCCCAAUAGCACAAAGAACCAAAGCCUGCCGAAAGCAUCUCCAGUUAUCACCUCUCCCACGGCUGCAACUGCUCAGAACCCUGUACUCAGCAAACUUCUCAUGGCUGACCAAGACUCGCCUCUGGACCUUACUGUCAGAAAGUCUCAGUCAGAACCUAGUGAACAAGACGGUGUCCUUGAUUUGUCCACUAAGAAAAGUCCAUGUGCUGGCAGCACUUCCCUCAGCCAUUCUCCAGGUUGCUCCAAUUCUCAAGGGAACGGUGAGGACCCAGCAGAGACAAUAACAAUAGAUUCUAACAAUCAGCCGAAGUCACCACUGGAAAAGUUUAUGGUCAGACUGUGUACCCAUCAUCAGAAGCAGUUCAUUCGUGUUCUAAACGACCUCUACACAGAAGUGCAGCCAGGGACUGACGGCCAACGAUUUCCUGAUUCUGAAACUAUGGAUCUUUCUACUUGCAGCCCUGGGUGUGGUCAGCUAAGCACUGAAAAUCAGGAAAAGGGAACUAUUUGUUUUGACAUGAAGUCCCCUUCUGCAGAUUUACUCGUAGACCGAAUGACAUGUCAAGGGUCCCCUUGUUUGACAGGGUCAACCCUGAAGGAGCCUGCUGAGAUGAAAUCUUUAGAAAGAAAAGAGAAUUCCUUUACUGUUAUCAAAAAAGAUUCUUCUGAACUUCCAACUACUAAAGCCAAUUCUGGUGGUCCAAAGGAUAGUUCUACUCUUGGAUACCUCACUGCAUCUAAUUCUUCCUCAUUUAACUCCCACCAUGUUUCUAAAUGCCCAGAAGGGCAAACUACUGGACAGGAGCAUGACAUUAGUGUUAAAAAACCUGAGGAUGAGAAAGACCAGAUACAAAGCACAGCUUUAGUAGAAGGUUUUAUUGCUGUAAAAGUGGCAAAUGUGAAUAGUACUGAGGAUGGUGACAGUUGUAUGGUUUCUCAAAAGAAUUUAUUCAGAGCUUUACCAGAAGAGACGUGGGACUCAGGGUUUAUGGGAAGCUCACCUAGAACUGCAGACAAAGAGAAUGCUUUACAAUGUAGCUCAAAAUCAUCUUUGCACCAGGAUUUAGAAGAAAAUGAACAAGAUACAAGGCCAAAGCAGGAAAACCAUCUCCACAUGUUAGGAAGGAAUAAGGCGGGUUACCAUUUACAUCCUGGUGACAAGGGUCAGUUUGAUAAUUCCAAAGAUGUUUGGUUAUCACCAAGCCCCAUGCCAAGUCUACACAAAGCAUCCAUCGGACAUUCACGAACAAAAAUUAUAUCAGCCUCCAUUAAAACAGCUCGGAAAAGUAAAAGAACUUCAGGUUUGAGAAUUAACGAUUAUGAUAACCAGUAUGAUGUUGUUUAUAUUAGCCAACCCAUAACUGAGUGCCACUUUGAGAGUCAAAGAUCAAUAUUGUCUUCUCGGAAGACAGCAAGAAAGAGCACUCGAGGAUAUUUUUUCAAUGGAGACUGCUGUGAACUACCAACUGUCCGCACAUUGGCCAGAAGUUCACGAAGUGAGGACAGAAGCAGCUGCUCAGCUCUGCAUACAGAGGCCUUAGAGACUCCCAAACAGGCCCUGACAAUUUCAGACAGUGGACCUGCAGGAGAUGUAGAGAUCCUUGAAGAAGACUCUGAAGGACCCAGUGAGGAAAAAACUCCUGUCAAGGAAGUAUCCCAAGGCUCUCCAUCAAAAAAUGACUCUCAGGAGUCUGAAGCUUAUUCUGCAACUGAGGAUACUGAAGAACAAACUGAACCUAAUCAAAUUAGUUUCCUGAAUCCAAAAGAAUCUACAACUUCAGAGACUCCCCUUUCUUUUGUCCAUAAAGAGAAGGUACCAGAAGGCAAUUCUGAUACCAUAGUAAAUGGCUCACCUUUGCAUAUGGGGGACCAACCACAGAUUGAACUAUUAGGCACUGGUGAGGUUAGUGUUCCCCUGGAAAUGGAUAGCUGCAUUGACCACUCCCCUGAAAGCAUUCUUGAAGGUGAUAGUAACACUUUUAUUGCCUCAAGACCUCAUUCUCCUUCUGAAACUCUUAACAGAGAGGAAAGUCCUGUUUGCUCUGAAAAUCAGGCUUCCCCUAGGAACUUGAAUAUGGAUGCCCCUGUAGAUUUCAAAAGUGUUGAUAGAAGUCAAAGCAUUAAUAUUGAAACUAAAACUGAAAGGCCUCAAGAACAGGAUGACAACCAGCACAAGCAAGGUGAGGUUGCUUGUACCAAUGAAAAUCUUGAUGACAUAGAGGGAAAUGAGCUAGCACGUGAUACACAUCAACUAGAGAGGGAAGAGCAGAGUGAUGAUAAGCAGUCUUCAGAAACAGAGAUGUGUGAUCAGAACAUUCAUCCAGAAGAGAAUCCAGACAACAAGAAGAAGAAAGUCAAAAAAGCCCUUGUGGCCUCUGAUAGGUGUCUGAGAAGUCAGCUCUCAGAUACACCAACUGCUCUCCAGCUUCCUUGUCUUCAAAUCAAAGUUUCCAAAAGUCCAGGUGCAAAACGUCCUAAGAGAGAAGUGUACCUUGAUGGAGCAUCCUCUGUCCAUUUCCCAACUGACUGCUUCCACAAAACACUGUUGAAGAAUAUCAGAAAUAUGAAUGUUGAGGAGAAGGAUCCCGAGGAGAAGGGUGAAGAGAACGGGAUAACCACCAGACAGACAUUUAAAAGUGUGAUAGCAAAAGAAGACGGGGUUGCAGGAGGAGAAGAAACAUCAUCUCAGAGUAAUAGCCCCAUUCCCACAACUAGCCAGGACCCACAAGAAGAGAGGCUUGCAAUCUGUGCACAGACUGAUUCUGACCCCAGAAAUGUUCACCUUCCUGCAGAAAGCAGUCCUUGUAAGGAAGAUACAAAACAGUCAGAAAAGGAGCCUGUGAGCAAUGUUGCAAAAGAUUUAGAGGAAGUUGUCAAUGAGGUAGACAGUGAAAUUAUAAAACAUAGUGAGGCACUGCCUAGUCUGUGUGCAUUACCAAGUGACAGAAGGGAAAGCACUGGUACAACCCUAAAAUCAUCGGUGAAACAUAAAAGGCUGGCCUCUCCAAUCUACAACCUAAGGCACGCUCAUACAGUGGACUCUUUGGAUACUGCAAAACCUGAUGCAGGAAAGGAUGUCGUGCAGGUACAUUCUGUGCCAGAGGAAAACCAAGUCUCGGAUGCUGAGGAUUCCAUGGAAUUGAAAGAUGCAGACACACUGAUGGAUGAUAAGCCAAAGUUUGUGCAGUGGUGUGCUGAAGAGGAGAAUCAGGAACUUAUUGCUGACUUCAAUGCCCAGUACAUGAAAGUUCAGAAAGGCUGGAUCCAACUAGAGAAAGAAAUACAGCCCACACCAAAAGUAAAGAACAAGGCUGACAAACUGAAAGAGAUCUGGAAGAGUAAGAAAAGAUCACGCAAAUGUAAGGGCUCCCUAGAAGUUCAGAAGCUUUCACCUGUUCAGAUGCUAUUUAUGAAGCCUUUUAAACUAUCUGACAUUUGUAGGUGGUUCUUAGAGACAACUGAAACAAGAUCACUUGUAAUUGUGAAGAAACUCAACACUCGUCUCCCAGGAGAUGUGCCCCCCAUCAAAAGUCCCCUUCAGAAAACCUCCUCUUCUAGCCAGUAUCCUAGUUCACAACAGGCUGAGCGGUUGAAAAAACACUUAAAAAAAUUUCCUGGGGCAACGCCUGCUAGGAAUAAUUGGAAAACUCAAAAGCUGUGGGCUAAAUUCCGAGAAAAUGUUGAUAAAAUGGAGUCAGCAGAGACUGCCACUGUCAGUCUUGGAUCUCACUCUGAAGCCAGUUUAGAAUUCAGGGAAGAAAGAACUAGCCAGCCUUCUUCUAAUUUGCCUACACCAGCAAGUACUCGAAUCCUAAGAAAAUAUUCCAAUAUUAGAGGAAAGCUUCGAGCCCAGCAACGUUCAAUGAAGAAUCAGAAAACAGAAAGUUCAUUUGAUCUCCCUACGGAAAAUAAACAGAAUCGAAAGAGUGUGUGCAUCAACCCUUUAAUGUCUCCCAAACUUGCUUUGCAAGUCAAUUCAGAUGGAUUUCCUGUGAAGUCCUCAAGUGCUGAAGGAGCCAGGGGAAGGAAAGGGAAGUCAGAUUCCUUACCUAAAGCUGAAGGUCAGCAGAACAAAAGGAAGAAAACAACCAAUGAGAGCAGUAGCCUGCAAGACAGCACCACUUCCACUAGCAAGGACAGAUCGCAAGUAAAGAAGGCCAGUAAAGCAAAACAUUUAGAUGUGUCCUCCAAAGCAUCUGCUAUUAAAAAGCGGCCUUCAUCGGAUAAGACCAAUAAGCUGUCCAAAAAGGCAUCUUCGAAAGAGAAAAAAGUUAAGAAGGCCACAGACAAGGCUGCAGGGAAGAGCCAUCUUCCCCUGCGGAAAGGCAAAGAUAGUAGUCAAAAGAAGCCAACCCCGACUCAGCCCACCCCACGAGAAAAACUGUCCAAAUCUCCAAAGCACAAAGUUGCUGGUGAAUCCCCUUCCAAGUCACAAAAAACUACUCACAAAAAGCAGAGUAGUGGAAAGACUAAGAAUAACAGAUCCUCCGUGAAGAAAACCCCAGAGAGCAUCACAGCCCAGAGAAAACGAAAGCUACGGGCAAAACUUGACUGUUCCCACAGCAAAAGAAGACGCCUGGAUGCCAAGUGAGGUGAAGAACGGUAGCCAGGUGUGGGCUGUUCUCUGGCAGCGACCCUUUACUUUGCAUUAAUUCAACCUGCUUUUAUAAGCUGUAGCAAGCCUUUAAAAUCUGCAGUUAAAGGAAACCAUCCACAGUUUUAGGCAUGAGAAAACAGUGUCUCAGAUGGAGAAAGGAACUUGCUUUCUCCCUCUAGGGCCAAGAAAAGGAGUUAUUAAUUACUUUCUGAAUGUUCCUUGGAUUUUAAACUUGGAACCAGGCAGAUUUAGUUUAAAAGUACAGUGCCUUAUUUAUCCUUUUUUUAAAUAAAAAAAAGCUAAAAAGCUAAUCUGUAUGAUUAAAGGCUUGCAUUUUAUACUUGAUGCACAAGCACUUGUACUGUAGCAGAAAUGACCACCAUCGAGCCCCCGAAGUCGUUUUCCAGCAGCCUUCCAGCAGUGUCUCUGUCUGAACAGUUGUUCCUCUUUGAAAACCUCUUGGUGUUCCCUCCCAGUCUUUUUGAGUUGUGGUAAAACAAAACCGAAAUCAUUUGGGAUGGUGUGAAGACUCUAGGGGUGGAGGUCUGUUGCCCUUUAGUUAAACAUUAUCCUAUUUGUUACUUUUUUCUAAAUUAUCUUUUUAAUUGUUGGUCACUUCUGUGGACUUUGAGUUUUUUAGAUUUCAGACCAUGUAUUCUCAUCACUGAACCCCACUUAAAAUCCACAUGGCACAAGAGGUCAGGUAUGUGCUUGUAGCCUCCAGAGUUAUUUUGUAGGCCCAAUCUUUGUUGCAGAUUUUUCAGUAUCUGUCAUCCUCUGCUUUGGGGCCUGAUAGCUUGGCUUUCCUCCUAACACUUCCCCUAACCCCAGAAACAAGCUAAACAUUUUUUUCCUCUGUCCACUUGUAAUAAUAUCACUGUUAAGACAAAGACAGCCAGCUUUAUUUUCUCCCUUUUACCCAAAGUCCCCCCACAUUGGAAGCCUAAAUGUAAUAACAAGGCUCAGCUUUGAUAAGCACAUGGGCACACAUUUAGUAACGAACAUGUCUAGGUUCUGGUUUUCAGUUUGCUAUUGGUAUUUUCCUCAUGUAAUGACGUGCUCAUAGCAUCAAGUGGAUUGAAUAUUUAACAAAGAUCAGUCAGUUCAGAUAGAACAGAAUUCCUCUGUUAUCAUCCAUCCCCAGGCCUCUUUUGGAAACAGACACUUGAAGAUCUAACCAAUGUAACCUGCGAGAUAUGCAAGGGUUAGCUUAAGAUACCCUCCCUUAGAGGGAGCCUCAAGCAAAACAGCUGCUGUAUGAAAAAUGCCUCCUUUGGGAUAGGCAGCCAGGCUUUUUCCCCAGUGGCUCAGAAUCAAGGGCCAUCUUCUCUGUGAAAAAAAAAAAAAAGUUCUUUUUGCUUCUUUACUGUAAGCCCCUGGAAGGAGGGAACAUAUGUUGGCUGUAACUCUGUGCCUUGAAUGUUGCUUCUCCGCAAAGCUCAUACAUUCCCAUUGAGCCACUGCAAAAGAAAGCUGAAUUGUUGAAGAUUUUUCCAUGUUUUUACUUCCUUGUGCAGCACCCGAAAAAGGUGGUGUGGGUGUCUGUUCUAAGAAUAGCCACCCAUUCAAGACGUUCCAUAUCUCUGUACAUAGAACCUGAUGUUUGUUGUUUUUUAAAUGCACUUCACUCAAAUCAUGAUAAGACAGACCUUUCUACCAAAUCUGGGAAAGCUGAGCUCUACUUAGUGUUAGCAACCGUAGGGCCGAGUGAGAGGCAUUCCUUGCUUCACCCAGCCUUGGAGAACUGUGCUGGACUUCCAGGACUCCUAGAGAGGCAGGAAGGCUUUGCCAGCAGGAACCUUUUUUCCUAAGUCGUCUCUGCUCUGUAAGACACCGACUAUGUUCCUGCUUUGAAGAAUCCCUGUGCUUAGCUACUCAAGAGCUACUGACAUGAAUGAAAUUGCCAAGUGUCUAUUUUGAUAGCCUUUUUGUUUUUCUCAAACUGAGGUGCAUGAAAAUAAAGGCACAGUUGUAGUGUUUAUUUUCUUAAAUCUCUUUUCACAUAAAUAUUGAUGAAGAGAGCUUAAUCAUGAUUUAAAUAGCUCUGCAUUUGCCUCAACCAGGUGCAUUUUCCCCUAGCAUAAAUGUCUGGUUUGAAUUGUUUUUGUUUGUUUUUUAGCUAUACAUAUUCCAUUUUUGCAGGGGCUGAAAUAAGGUUGAGGAGAAGUAUGGAGUAAUGGGUAAAUGGAGAGGAUUUUAUAUAGACUUGCUGUCAAAAUCCUCUUAGGCCAAUUUUGGGAUUUCAUCAUUUUAUCUUUUCCUAUUCUGGGCUGCAUUUGGAAAAUGUGUAUUUCAUGUCUGUUGACUUAUUAGAGCCUCUUUUAAAUCUACUGAUAACUUUGUAGCAGUGACUACUACUGUUGAAGCAGAUGGGAUUCUAUGUAAGAGAGAUACCUUUCACAAUGAUGCUUCUUUUUAUCUUAAGCAGAUCUCAUCACAGUGUUUUAGCUUACUCAGAGUAUGCACAGCAGAUGUACAAGAAACUUUCCCUUCCUGCCCACCCACUUUCCGUUGCUUGCCAAUUAUUCUUUCAGCUCCUUGCUCUAUGGGGUUGUAGCCUCAAUGCCAGUCUUUGCAGCACUGCCUGUCAGUAAGUCAGGCUGUUUUUUUUCUAUCAAGCCGUAUCCCCCAGUUGUGGCAAUAGCUUCUCCCCUCACCUCUCAACUUGCACUCAACUGUCAUUACAUCCCUAAGUGUUUAUAGACCAAUAAGAGAGUCUUGUGACAGCUGGUAUGGUCAUUGGUGAACAGCUCUUGAACUUAGAGAAGGGGAUGCCAACCCACCUCUUCCUCCCUCUUUUUUUACAUUCUUCUCCCACUGACUUAACUUUAUAACUCAUUCUCCCUCUCUGCAAAAGUGGGAUAUGUAUGUAUUCAUAUCCAUGAUUAACUAUCAUGUCCCUUUCCAAUUAGACAUUUUCUCCGAAAUUGAAUUUCAUAUCCCUUAGAAGUGUACUCUCUUCUGUCUUCUAUUCACCCAUUUCUCGGGAAGCCUGAGCUUCCCCUGAAUGAAGAAGCAAGAGGACUCUUGAGGCUCUCAGCGUGGAGAGGUAUAAGGAAGACUUCUGCCAAAUCAGAGUUAAGAAACAAUCCCCCUAAGCCACCUCCUUGAUUCUCACAAUCAGAUAUAUAAUGACUUCAGAGGUGCUGCUAAAGCCGGCAUAUUGUAACAUCACUAGUAUCUAUUAGUCACAAAUUUCCAUCAGGAGUCUGCCUAUCCCUCAGUGUUUCUUGAGGUUUUUGGCAGUGUCCAUUUCCAUUACUAAAGAAAUCAAUAUAGAAAUAAUGACUUUAAAGAAAUUUUUUAUCUGUUAUUGUAAGCAUAAUAGGAUACAUGUAGUCUACAUACAAUAUUUUCCCAGGGGAGAGCUAAAUAAAUAUUACCAUAUGUGUAUGCUACCUUUUAAUAGAGAAUUUGGGUCAAUCAAUUAUAUGCAUCGUCUACUACCUUACUGUAGAUUUCUUAAAAAAAAAAACUUUUAAACUAUAUAGAUAAAAUUUAUUACUCAGAGACAAAUAAUUGGAAUUGAGGCUUUAAUUUCUUCAAGUGAAGUCAUGAUUGCCCUGUACUUGCCACUUGUAGCUUAUUCCAUUAUUCUCAUUUGGAGGUGGCAAUUUGAUUGGUUUGUGGGCCAUAUUGGAAUAAGAGGGGCAAAGGGAACAGCAGAGUAGUAUAGACUAGUAUUACCAGAUGAUGUCAUCAGCAUUGGUGGCACCUGCACCUAGUCCCCACCCUGGGAGGGAGGAUGGCACCAGCUGAGCAAGACCAAUCCAGCCAGUGCCAUAUUUUCCUUACCAAUGCUCAAAUUUAAGAAAAUGAGAUUUCUUACUUUGAGAUCAAUAGAAUCAUACUUUUUUUUUCUUAACCUCCCUGUCACCUCUCCUUAUUCUACUUUGUUUCAUUGUUCAUUGUCUCUACCUCUUUAUUUUUUUUUUAAAUUUCUGACAUCUUUCUUUACAUUCUUCUCCCACUGAUUUAUCUUCGUAACUCAUUCUCUCUGCAAAGGUGGAUGUGUAUAUGUACCUAUCUCUGAAUAACUAUCAUCCCCCUUUCCAAUUAGACAUUUUCCCCUAAACUGAAUUUCAUAGACCUAAGAAAUGUGCCCUCUUUUUCUAUCAUUCAACUAUUCACUCAUUCUAUUAAUCUAUAUAUCCAGAACCAAUGGCCAAAUAAGUUAAUAAUGCUGAAAUGCAUACUGACAUAAUUUGGUGCAGUGUUAAGUGACAUGAUGCAAGUAUAAUGAGGACCUGUACCUUUUAAGCCUAUUUAUUAUUGAAAGAGGCAGAGAUUUAGUUCUAGUAGGAAAGAGUUCAGUUUGCUCCUGUUGGACUCCUAGUUUUCCAGAUUGGAAAUUUAGAUACAGAAAAGCUCCGUAAAUGAAUAAUUUGAAGCAAGGAUCACUUCAAAUCGCAAUGACUUGCCUUUCAGAAUGAUUGUAAAAUAUCAUUUAGUCUUAAAUAGUACUGUAGAAUUUUUUAAAAUCUGGGUCUGGAGAAAGAGGUAUACCACGUUGAGCUCUUUAUAGACAUGUUCCUUUGCACCUUCCAAAAUUGUCAUGUAAAAGGUGAAAAAACAAAAGCACAGAAAAGAGGUGCCAGAACAGAUGGAACCUUCAUCCCAACGUGGACUCACAGCAUCAUGAAUUGAUCUGAACAGGAAGCUUGAAGUGAUUCAUUGAUCUUCUUUUUCAUAUGCCCCCCAUGGAGUCAUGAUACAGGGGCAAAUGAUAAUGGAAAAGUCUCGCCCCUUGUUUUCUACCCAUAACUGUAAAAGACAAAUUCAUAUGCAUUUUUUUCCUUAAAGAAGAAGAUGAUUAUUGCAUUGCUGAGACUUCUUCUGAGAAGCCCCGGCACUCUUAAUUCUGUUUGAACAGGAAAUUUGAUUUGGUGGUUCUUUGCCAUUUCUUUAAGUAUUGCCGUUAUGUAGGCUGGGCAGACUGUCUAUAAUGCUAGAUUAUUUUGAUUAAUUGUGUAGAAAUCAGGUUUGAAAAAAACCCCCAUAUUGAAUCAUGCCUGCCUUUGGCACAUAGGUAUCACAUUCUUGACCCAAAUUAUGCUUCCCUGCUCUCCUAACUUACUUUAAAAGUAAGCAGAAGGACAACUUUUUGAGGAUUAUGUAUACUACAUCUUCCCUGAACAUGGCUGGACAGACUCCCAUGUAUAGGAUGUUCUAAAAGAAAAAUCUUGGAAUCUAAAUCCUUUGCUUCAAAGAUAAACAAACUUGGGGAGAAACAGACUCCUUUUUGUGCUGCAGUACCCUGAAGUUGUGCUAUACAACAUUGGAGGACCAUGUUCCCAGGGACUACAAAGCAUCAUUGGUGAGAACACGUGCGAUUAGAGGUUGAUUGUUCAUCUGGACUCUAAACCAGACCAGGAUAUCCAGUUAAUUUAAUUAUUGCUUCUUUGUCCUUCUCAGAGCUUUAUGUCCUAUGCUCAGCUCUUGGGGAAACUCUUUGGCUUUAUCUUCCUGGAGAAUAGUUGUGCCAGUAGUAUUAAAAAGAAGUUGUUCUCACCCUAACACACACCAGCAAAGCAGACCUCUGCUUUCCCACAUGGGUGCCAUAUGCAGUUACCCUACAUGGUCAUUGAAUGGGCCCAUUGCGAGCUUGGCUCUAGACAGAGAGCUGUUUAGUGGCCCAGCUUGCUGGUGCUCAUGUGUAGUCUCAGUGUCCUCAAUAUUGAGUGUAUCGGACCAUAAGUGUCUUUUAGAAAAAGAAAAUUCGAGGCCUCUUUCUUUUUGGGCAUGGAGUUGGGUAGCUAGUUUGAAGAACAUUAGUGAUUUCCCAGAUGCUAUGCAGAAUGAGACUGGUCUUCAUUGGCCCCCUGUGUAGAAAUUAAUCUUUCUGUAAUUUUCACUUCCUUGAUGACAUCACAUUUUCUCCUGGGCAUGCACACAGUUAUGAGCUAUUAAUGCUUUUUCAUAAUAAAGGAUGGUGUGCCUCAUUGUUUAUUAUUUGUCAGUAACAUGUAUAAGUAAUGUCCAGAUCCAUUAUGUGUCUAGUUAGACUACUGUUGGUGGGUAGUAAUUUUUAUUUUUGUUAUUCAAGCAUGAACUUGUACCUUUUUGAGAGAGACACAGAGAAACUUGAGAGGCUGGAGGUGGAUGGUAGUGUAUCCUUCACUUGCUCAGCCCCUCCCAGUCAGUGUUUUGCAGGCCUGUUACUCUCCAAGCUGUGAAUACAGACACUUCUCUCUGCUUUUGUUGAAGCCCUCCCAGCAGCUCCAUGAUCUUUUCUCACCACAACUAUCCUUUUCAUUUUAAACAGAGAGGCUGCUGAAGCCCCUGAUUGGGAAGGAAGCAGGUUUUCCUAUCCCUUUCCUGUCACUUCCACUUCUGUGCCUCAAACUCCUUUUCAGCAUUGCCCACCCCCACCCCGAGUGGUGCUAGCACCUACUCUCAUACAGUCUUAAUCAGUUUUUAUAUUCAUCUGCUUCAGAAGUUUUGUUUUCUUGUCCAAAAACUGUCCCACCGUUUCUCUUAAUUGUUCUUGUCAUUGUCUAAAAGUGUUUGAUUUCUGUUUCAUGCCCAGUUGCUUGCUGUAAUUUAUACAAUAUAUUGUCUUAUAUUUAAUGCUGUAAAAUAUUCGAAAGUCUGGUUUGCAAAAAAAAGUAAGUAGGCUUGCAUUAUGUUGUAUAUUUAUGCCAUAACUGAGGAGGGGUAUUUUUAGAGCCACUGUAGCUUAGAGUUGUUAAUUUUUACCAAUAGUUACGAUGUUCUGAGUAGUCCUAGGAGUAUGGUUUAUAUCUGAUGACUUUGUCUCAGUAAGGUUUCAAAUAUCUGUAUAUAUACAUAUUUAUACAUGCCACUGUAGAGUUGAUUUCACUGUAAAUAGUGGUAAUUUCCUGUUCAAAUGCUUCUAUUGAAAGUAUUUAUUUUAAGAAUAUAAACCAACUGUACUAUUGGUCAAAAGGACUGUCAUAAAAAGCGUUAUUUCUUUUUUUUUGACAGUUAAACACCCCCAGCCACUGUGCCCAGCUAUUCUACUCCCAAAUAAAAUCUUUCCCCUCCUUGUGCUGCAGGUACCUUUUUAACCUGCACAUCAGAUCUAGGUUCGAGAAAACCACGCCUAAGGAGCUAGAUUGCAUGUCCUGAUCUUUAUCCACUUCACAGUAAAAGUGGAGCCCUAUGCCCUGCAUUGUGAGUGCUAGGCUCUGCCUCUAGAAGACAGAUCACCUGGUAUUGCAUCAGGCAAGCCUUUAUUUUUGCAGACACAGUUGGCUGCUCCUCUGCUUGGGGGCCUCAGUGGGAAAGGGAGCCUCAGCUGCAGCCCCAAGAAAGUCUGGAUGCACAUCCAUGGGAAAUGGAAAAAACUUAUCAGUCACCUCAGCAGAGCAUUAAACCACAUUGAUAGUCUAUUCUCUGUCCUUAUAAAAGACCCUUCCCUAACCACAGGAAGGAAACAUCACUUGAAUUACCUUGAACAUUUCCCAUGAACACCUCAUCUUUUUCCCUCUUAGCAAAUAUCUGUGGGCAUCUGGCCUGAUGCUACUCGUAACCAGGGGGUUAGGAAAUGAAUCCAUCUGUUCUAAGAUGUGUUCAGCUUACUUCUCAGGAGUCCUGGUUUUCAUUAAACAUUUCCAUGGAUUAGUGGAACCCUAAUUUCUAUAAUCAUGUUUAACUUCAUUCUCAGGCUCCUUUGAGCAGUAUUUCUCACUGCCCUUGGUAGAAGCCUGGGGCCUGUGUAACUUUAGAGCUAAGGGCACACUGGGGUAUCUUCAUCCAUUUGAAUCACAAUUUGUAUAUUUCUUUGGGGCCUCCAUUUGUCUUUUCCAAACAAGUGAAGAGGUUACCUGAAUAGUAAUGCUGGAGAAUGUUUUUCUAAGAUCCUGUUUGUAAGUAAAUCUGGUUUUACAAUAAAAUGUGAAUGGUUUUACUGCAGGUGCCAGGGAAUUUAGCACUAAGUUAGACAUUCAACACUUUUUUAACCUUUGGGGAAAGAAAUGAGGUGACUUAUUCAUGUAAUGGUCUCAAGAAAUAUUGUAAAUAGUUUUUAAAAAAAUAUUUAUUACGUGUGUUGUGUGCAGAAUAAUGUUCUGAGUGAUGUCAGUUUGCAUUGUAAUGUUGUAGAAGGAUAUAUUCUGAGCUGUGGUUUUGCUUUUAAUAAAUCC